AUGACGUCCACAUCUGUGGUCGUAACUCAGAUUGCUACUGAUGAUGAUUUAGUGUUACCUAAACAAGUGUGCAGUAAGCAAGAUGUAUUGGAAUAUUUAAAUCUUACCAGAGACAAUGAAAAAUUCACAACUUGCCGUCCUGUACUGGACUGGAGACACCCCACCAUAGUGUAUUUUGAUAUUUACCUCUACGGCAUCCUUUCUAUGAGUUGGAACAAUGAACGAAUCUCUUGGGAUCCUAAAGAUUUUUGUGGCAUUAAAAGUGUGAUUUUGCCAAAAGAGAUGCUUUGGAAACCAGACCUUUAUGUUCUUGAGACUGCAGAAAAGGAAGAUGGACCACUGAACCCAUAUUUGUAUAUUACUCAUGAUGGAAAUGUGAUGAUGGAGGAUGACCAUAAGAUUGUCAGCACCUGCACAAUGAACGUACACAAAUUUCCUUUUGAUACCCAAACGUGCCACAUCACUGUGUCUUCAAUUAAUUACUCAGAUAAAGAAAUAAAGCUGGUUCCUGCCUCCAAUUCAUCAAAGGCGACACAGGUUGCUCGAGAAAGCAUAUUAACACAAGGAGAAUGGGAGUUCUUGAACAUAUCCGUCUCGCUCCAGAAUGAGAGCUAUGAGGGGCAAACAUUCGACAGGAUAAAGUACACGAUUUCAGUCAGAAGGAUGCCCCUGAUGCAUUUCAUCAAUUUUCAGCUACCUAUAUUGUUUUUCCUCGUUUUGGACCUAGCUUCUUUUUUCAUACCAGAUAGAGGGGAAAAACUGUGCUUCAAAGUGACUGUGCUACUGGGGAUCUCUGUACUUCUGCUCAUCCUAAAUGACAUUCUGCCAUCCAAAUCUCACAGAUGUCCUCUGAUUGCUGUGUAUGUCGUUGUCAUCUUUUCUUUCAUGUUGCUGAGUCUUCUGGAGACAGUUUUGGUGAUAUACUUGAUAAAUAUGAACUCUGAACAAGAUGCUAAGGGGGUUCAGAGACCUGAAGAUCACAACUCUGACACAGAUGACCGGAAAAGAGACAGUAAUGGAGUUGAAGCUCCCCUCGAGUCUCUGAUGUUGAAGGAAAUAUACAGCAAAGAAAAAAUGAAUGACGUGCAGCUAUUGCAGCUGAUCCUAGAAGAGCUUCAGACUAUCAGACAGACUCUUGUUCGUGAUACUUUAAAAGCCAAAACGGCUCAGAUUUACUGGUUAGGAAUGGCCAAACGUAUUAACAGGGUUUUCUUUGUGGUUUAUCUCAUCUCAGUUUCUCUCUUUCUUGUCUUUAUCUUUCGAGAGUGGAAAGUUGAGUAA